AUGAAAGAUUACAUUUGUAACAUCGGUAGAGAGGACACCGAAGAAGAUGUCUGCCAUUUUCAAGAAUUAUACAAAAGAAAACCAUGUUUUAAAAAAUCAAUCUCACAUUAUCACACUUAUCCUAAUUAUGCUUCCGGUGAUCCUUAUUCACGAUGUGAACAUUCAAUUAUGUACGACGUAAACCAACAAGAAUCUUAUGGACGUAAAAAGAAAUCUAAAACUCAUCGUUGUCCUUCCUGUCAUUGUCAACUUGAUUUCAAAAGAACACCCUCCAAAACGAGGGACAUUGAUAACAUCGAAGCAGUAUUUAAAAAAACCGAGCACAUAUUUGACAACGCAUUGGCAAAUGGUGGUGUGAAAAAAUCUUAUAGUAUUCCACUUUCACCAAAAUCUAAUCCACGUUGUCAUCGUACUCAUUCAAAAAAGAUAUCUAACAAUAAUCAUCGACAAAAACAACGCUGGAACGACGAUGACGAUGACAAGUUUAAGAUGAUGAUCAAUGAUAUUGUGAAUAAAGGGGUUGAGAAUGAAUAUUAUAUUAAAUGUCCUAAUAAUUUGCCAAUUAAAAGUUCCACGAAGAAGGAUUGUCAUUGGAAGAACGAUCAAGUAUUACAAGGUAUAUUAGAUUAUUCAGAACCGGAGAGCGAUUCAAUGGAUAAAUAUUACGAAAAAUAUUCACGUACAAAGAAAUGCUGUGAUAAUUCCAAAAGGGUUGAAUUGGAAUCGAAUUUGAAAAAGAAAGAAAACGAGUUUGAGGAAUACAAGCAACAUUUGAAACAACAGUAUCACGAGCUUGAUCAAUUGAAAUAUCAUUUAUAUGAUAAAUUGAAGAAUAUCGAUGAUCAACAGUGUAAGGAAGAUGAUUCGUCUAACGUGGAGCAACCAGAUAGAAAGAAGAAAUCUUACAUUGAGGAUGAAAUGAGAAAGAAAAAUAAAGAACAUCGUUUAAAUAAUGAAUUGCAAUGUAUAGAUUCAUCUAAAAAGCAUCAAUCUUUGACGAGUAAUAAUAAAACUAUACCGGAACAGGUAAACGAUAAAAUUGUUCAACAAGUAGAAGCUAGCACAAGUUAUCAUUGUACAGAUAGAGAAACAGACGUUGACGUUGAUAAUUAUUUGGAGGAUGAGAAAUUAAUUAGAGAAUUAAAGAAAAUUCCUUACUUAAAACCUUGUCACAAAUCAUCAUCUUCUGUCCAAAAAAAUGAAAAAUGUACGAAAUCGUUCGAAAAAACGACUUGCAUUGAAAAAGAAAUCAAUGAUAAAAAUGAUAAUACUGAUAUUGUUGUGAAAAGCAAUAACCCUGACGAGGAUCUUGAUCUUCAUGCUAGUAAAAGUCAUAUUCUUAAUUUGAUCGAUAAAGCAUUGAGCAAAGAAUUUGGCCCGUUGGAUGCAAAGAAGGUAUUUCAAAUGAAAAUAUUUGGAUUAUUUGUUAUUAAUUAUAGAAUAAGAGAUCCGGUGAAGGAAGAAAUAUCACGACAAGAAUUAUUCAUUGCGAUAAGUCGUGCACUUCAAGGUGAUUCUUGCGAUACGUUGGGUCAAACGUUGUUGAGUCAUCGUGGUACGUUGGAUUACGUAAGACACCUGAAAAUCUUACGAUGGGAAUAUUUAAAUCAUAUUCAAGAUAAAUUGAAAAAGUUAUAUGAUCUUGAAAAGAUUUUAGACAACUGUUCGUCACCAAGAAACUCAAUGUUAACAUUGCAGUCCCACGUGGAUAACACAACUGAUCAAUAUAAACACGUUCGAGCUCAACAAGAACAACAAAAAGAAUUGAAAACAAGUUGA